AUGCCAAACAUCUCAUGGUUAGCUGCCCCCCACAAAAACGACAUUUGGUCCGACAUCUUUGAACAAUUCCUGGGAUACCCCAAAGCUGCUAAUCCACAGCAAGUAUACCAAUCCAUAGUCAAUUUGAACCUGAAGCAAUACUUCAUCUACAACUUAGACAUCAAGAUUACAACCUUCGACCUGUUUGCUGCCACCGUUCGUAUGAUAUGGAGAUUCCACCUCCUACUAACAUUCGAAGAAGUGCCUUUUGAUACCAACAAUGUCACCAACAAGAUCUGUGCUGAAGUGAUGAGAUUGCCAGAUCUCAAGCAUUAA